UUUUUUCUUGGUUAUCUUUUUGGUUUGGCUGUAUUUCCUCGCUCACUAGUCCACCACGCCGCUGCUUUUCUCCUCUUAGUUCUCCACUUCUCUUUCUUCUUUUAUCUUCUCCUUCUCUCCUUCUCUUUAAUACUCUUUAAUCAUUUGUUCGCCCCUGCUUCUAUUGGUGUGAAAAAUUGAAAUGAUUGAAUGUUAUAAUUAAUGCUCCAUAAAAAGGCGGUGAAAAAGAUAAAAAGGAGAAGGAGAAUAAAAUGUUUGAAGGACUCGUUCAUCGGGUGCUGGUGGGUUAUCUCGGUAGUUAUGUGAAAAAUAUACAAAAGGACCACCUCAAGCUCAGUCUUUGGAAUGAAGAAGUAUUUUUGGAGAAUGUAGAACUAAUUCCUGAAGCCUUUGAUUAUCUUCAAUUGCCAUUUGCUUUAAAGCAAGGUAGGAUUGGGAAGCUAAGCAUCAAAAUUUCAUGGAAAAAGCUCGGUUGGGAUCAGCCCAUUAUUAUUGCUUUAGAAGACGUGUUCAUUUGUGCUUCCCAGCGGGAUGACCAUGAGUGGAGUGUGGAGGCAGCUGAAAGAAGAGAAUUUGCUGGCAAAAAGGCUAAGCUUGCUGCAGCAGAGCUUGCAAAACUGUCAAGACGAGUUUGCGAUAAUCAAGCUGGGAAGUCAUUUAUUUCAUAUAUUACUGCAAAGGUUCUUGACAGUAUACAACUGUCAAUUAGAAAUUUCCACAUCCAAUACAAUGAAAUUCAGCUGGACUCGUCGCAGGUUCUGUUUGGUUUGAAGUUUUCCAGCUUGACAAUAAAGCAAAAUUUGGUUGGAUCAUUAGGUGGGAAGGUGGUAAGGGGCCAAGUAAACAAAACAGUCGAUGUUGAAGCUUUGGAAAUUUAUUGUACCACAUCCAAAGGAGCUGUUGACUCAACAAGUUUGGAUAACACUGCAAAUUUCGGAUAUGAAAGAUCUGAUGGCAAUACGGUUGACCACUUAUUGCAGCCAUUUGAUGUAACAGUGUCACUUGUGGUUAACAGAGCAGGAAGGAUUGACAGUGAUUUGGCACAAUAUUCAAUCAAAGCAGAGAUAACUGGCCUGGCCAUUUCAUUAAAUGAGGUUCAGUUGCAACAAAUACUGAUUCUAUCUGAUUACAUAACCAUUAGCCGUUUAAGGGAAAAGUAUGGACGUUACCGUCCAUGGGGCCAUUCCUUAGCAAGAAAGCACAGUGGUUGGCAAGUAUUAUGGUGGCACUAUGCACAAGAAUCUAUCCUGUCAGAUGUCCGCAGGAAGUUGAAGAAAACCUCAUGGAGAUACUUAGGACAGCGACUGAAUUCUCGUCGAAAGUAUGUCAAUUUGUACAAGAUUAAACUAGAUUUUCUUCAAAGAGAACAGUCAAUUGAUGAAUAUAUUCUUGGGGAAUUGGAGCUUAUGGAGAAAGAAUCGGAUAUAGAUGAUAUCUUAAGUUAUAGAGCUGCUGCAGAACAUGAGCUGCAGGAAGUUAUGUCAAGCUCUUCAUCUUCAAAUAUGGGAGUGAAUGGUGCCAAUAUUUCUGUUGAGAAGUCACGAAAUGAUGAACAGAUGUCAGGCAGGUCCAGAGGAUGGUUGAAUUGGCUGUCCCGAGGAAUGCUUGGUGCUGGUGGAACAGAUGAUUCUAGUCAGUUCUCUGGUGUUGUCUCUGAUGAAGUCGUAAAGGAUAUUUAUGAAGCUACAGAGUUCCAUCCAUCUGUAUUAUCCGGUGGUGAUGUCAAUGCAAGUGGUAAGAUGUUUACGUGUGCAAUGAAGUUAAGCGUGGGUCAAAUUGCUGCAACUCUGCAUAGCAAGUAUUCCAGUGAAAGAAUUGCUGACUUCUUUUUUAGAGAUGCAGUUAUAGAGUGCAAACUUUGGGAAGAGUUAGCGGCAGUAAUUUGCUUCAUUAAGUCAGGAAAAAUGGUUUAUCCAUUUAAUGAGAUGGUCAUCCUACAAAUAGGAAGGUCUCUUACAGAACAGGAAGAUAGGCCAACUUCUUGUACAGUCCAAGUGGAUGUGUUACCAAAACAAGAGGUUGAAUUAUCAGUGAAGGUCAUGCUCCAACCACUUGAAGUUAAUUGUGAUGUGGAAUUUUGUCUAAAAUUGCUGGAGUUUUUCACUGCACUACAAUGCUUUGAAUUUCAGAGCAAAAGGGUCCUUUGGUCAUUAAAUGGGUUUAAAGAUGCCAAGACUCGUUUAUUAUCAAAAGCUGAGUAUGCACUAUCAAGUCAUAAAAAACUAAGUUGGGAAAUUAGCAUCUUGAAUAUAAUUAUUAAUGUUCCUGGGAGAACUGCCAUUUCAGAACAAUGUAACUUGGUUUUGGAGAUGGGAUCUCUUCUUUAUGCAUCCAAAUAUGAUGUGGGGUCUGUUACUUCCACUACUCAGGAACAAUCUAAUAUCCUGAAGCAGUUCUCAAGCUCAACAUUCACCAUUAAUUUUUUGAGAGACUUCCUAGUUCAAGAUCUUUAUAAUUACUUUGCUGUUGAACUUGAAAAUUUUGAGCUAAAGUUAGUGAUGCCUCAACAUGCUCAAACAGUCACUAUCUUGGAGCAAUUUUGUGCUGUGAUCACCUUUGCAUCAUGCAUCAUUUCUGAUGAAUCAAUAUUGAAAAAGUUGGAGGUUUCCAUCAUUGUACCGUCACUUAUUGCUGAAUUUUCUCCCCCAAUAUAUGAAUCAAUAAUGGCAUUGGUAGUGCAUCUACACAUGCUGCAUUCGACAACUAGAUCUUUGAUACCCAAAAAUCCCUUUGCAGUUAAUGCCAUGUCAAAUCAACCUUGGGCUUCUAUUUUUGGUUUCUCUAUUAAUGCAAAGUUGGAGUCUCUGGGUUUCCGUGUUGACCUUGCAAAUGAUCGAGAAAGUAGUUCUAAGCUUGUGCUUCUCCUUAAAGAAUUAGAUAUUUGGUACUCUCAUACAGAAUUUGAUGAGUGUUUCAUCUGUACCAAAGCAUUAAAGGUCACAACUUCCCCAUUAAGAAAUGAAAAUGAUGGUUGUACUCUGUUCUCAUCUGGCAAUCAUUUUGCUUCUGGUGCUGCAAAGCAUCAAGACUUGCAUGUUGGAAAUAGCAAUCAAGAUGGAAAUCCUAGUGACGACAAUGGACUUAUUGAAGCAUUCUUUCUUAUGCAUUAUGAGGCUCACAGAAGUGUAGACUUUGUUUCCCACAAGUUUGCAAUUGGCUUAAAUGAUGCUGAUCUCCAUUGCUAUCCCCAUAUAUUUGGCCUCUUAAUUGGGUUUUAUGAAAGAUUAUCAACAUAUGGUGUAUCUUAUGCAUAUGAGAAAUCCUGUAGCUCUGGGAUGGAUGGUAAAAAUACAAAUAAAAGGCCUGAUUUUCAGUUUCGAAGGUUUGGUUACUCUAAUUUCUCUGAAGGUGGGUCCUCUGACCAUGCUAGCAUUUCUUUGGACUGCUAUCCCUUCAUUACAAUCUCCAAUUCUGGUUCUCUUGGUAGCCUUGAGAGUUCACUUCAUCAUUCCAUUCCUGACUGGAAGAAAUAUUUUAAGCUAAAAGAUAGAAAACUCAGAAGUCCAAAAUGCAAUAUGAAGAAGGAAUCUAGAACCUUUCAUGCCUCACCAGUGAUUCAUACAUCUGGAAUGGAUACAUUUCCUGCACCAGGAAGUUUAUGUGAGACAAAUAUUUUUAAUUUUGAUAUAAAUCUCUGUGGAGUCAGAGUGCAUUUCCAUGAUUCCUCUUGUGUUGUUGGAACUGUUACAAUACCAAACUCUAAAUCAUCACUUCUAAUUUAUGAUAACUACAUGGAUUUGUUGUGUUCCAUAGAGGGAUUGAUACUCACAUCACCGUGGUGGACUAAAAAUUUCAAAGAUUUUCUUUGGGGCCCCUCAUUACCAAAUCUUUCUUCUAUCUUAAAUUUACGUGUGAGAAAAGGACAUGCUUUAUCAGUGACCUCUCAACUUGAAGUAAGCAUUGGUGUUCAGCAUGUAUGCUGCUUUCUACCACCUGAGUAUCUGGCCAUCCUAAUAGGUUAUUUUUUAUUAUCUGAUUGGAUUCCAAAUUUGAGUGAGCAGCCGGUUGCUGAAAAUCGUGAUUCUGUUGCAACAGAAAAAGGGAGCCUGGUCGUUUAUAAGUUUGAGAUUCUGGAGUCCACUUUGAUUUUGCCGGUAGAACGAGAUGAGCAUCAAUAUCUAAAGAUAGAACUUCACCAGCUGUAUUGUAGUUUAAUCCUUGAAUGCUCUACAAAUGAUGUAUUGAAGGAUAUUCCCCCUGAGUGCAAGGUUCUAGCACAUAAAGUUGCCAAAGCAAAUCACUGUUUGAACAUAUUUGGAAGGGAUUUAAUUCUAUCACUCCUGUUGUGUAAGGAUGAUGAAUAUGGUUGCUUAAUACUCGACGAAGAUACAGGAUGUGGCAAUGUAGUACUAAUUGCACCACUUAGUGCUGAUGUUUGGGUUAGACUGCCCUGUGAAAGUGAAUCCCGCCUUGAUAGGUCCUUUGCUUCCACAUGUGUCAUGUCAAGGAUUGCCAACUGUCAACUUAUUGCUGAUGACUGCUACACUUUGGAUGGAUUUGAGGCACUAAUGGAUGUCAUAAAUCAGUUCUCUUCAAUUGACAAUGAAUCCAAAUGUUUCACCUCUGAUGUUUUACACUUUUUUCAGUUGAAGAGAAGUCUGAAGGAAAAUGGUGCAGUUCCAACUGUUGCCUCAGUCACAGUUUUUACUGAGGCUCGACUCUGUACUGAUUCAUUGUCGAUAAGUUUGUAUCAAUCAAGAAAGGACUCAUUUUUGUCACAACCAAUAGCCAAGACUGAUAUGCGAUUUAUAUGCUCUAUAUCUUUGAUAAAUGAGACACCUAUAGACUUGGACAUGACUUUUUCCUCUUUAGCUCUGUAUUCAUUGCGUAAUUCUGUCAUGAUGGCACAAUGCACUGAUACUUGCUCAGCCUCGGCUCUUCAGGUAUGUUUCUCGAAGUCAACUAAAGGUGACAAUGAGUUUCAGAUUUCUCUUCCUUCUCUGGCUAUUUGGCUACAUGUUUCAGACUGGUCUGCAGUCAUUGAUCUUUACAAUUCCUUUUCUAAAACAAUGGCUGAAACUGUAGCAAUGGAGGCAUCAUCAAAAAGUUCUUCUAAAGACAUGGCUGAUCUCACUGAAUAUGUGGCACUUACUGCUCCUCAUAGUUAUCUUUUAAAUAAAAGUUCAACUUCUCGUGUGAAGGAGCACAUAAAGAGGGAUUUGGUUGCCCUUAAUGUUAGGUCACAAAGUAUUGGCCUUACAAUUCAUUUUCCUUUCUGGGCCAUGGAAGCUGCACAUGGGGAAUUAGGGACAUCUGAAGUCCAAGAGGAGAGGCCUCAAAAUGUUUCUUCAUCUGUUACUGAAGGGAAAAUUUACAAAUUCAUGAUACUUACUACGCAUAGUAGUAGUAGUGAACUAUCCAUGGUAGGUAGAAAUGCGAAAUUGAAAUCUAUUUUGGAGACAACAAGUGGCACUGUAGAGAUAUGCAAGGACAAGGGCAUUACGACUUGGCCUUUAUUCCAAAUAUCCCAAAUUAGCAUUACGACUGAUAUUUGUCAUAAUCAGUUGGACCCUGUCAAUGUCAAACUUGGGGUUCAAGUUAAUCAUUUAGAUGUGUGGCUUUCCCAUCAAGUACUCUGCUUCUGGUAUGGUGUACGUUUUGACAUUCCUGAAGCUGGAACUUCUCAAUAUUCAUUUGCAAGUAUGGAUUUCAACAUCCAGCUAAGGAAAGUUUCACUUCUGAUAUCUGAUGAAAGGUGGAGCUGUGGUGGACCUCUGUUGGAAAUUCUUAUGAGGAACAUCCUGUUACAUGCUAUCAUGACUGAAAAUGAUGUGGAAAGCUCAGUGACAAGUGACCUUGAAGUGAACUAUAAUAAUAUUCACAAGGUACUUUGGGAGCCAUUUAUUGAGCCUUGGAAGUUUCAGAUAAACAUGAUUAGAAGACACAAGAUGAGCACUCUCCUGAACAGUUCUAUCAUAACAGAUAUUUAUCUCACAUCAACAGCGCCACUUAACUUGAACUUAACAGAAUCUCUUAUUGAGUGUGUUUUCAGGACAGUUGAAAUGGUUAAGGAUGCUUGGCAUCUGAUGGAACCGUCUGAUCCUUGUGAAAUUCAGAGAUUCUCAAGUUGUCAGUUUCCAGAAACUUUAACUGGAGGAAAAUAUGCUCCUUAUAUACUUCAAAACUUGACUUCUUUGCCUUUAGCAUACCAUGUUUUUCAAGGACUGGUUAAUGUUGAAGAGAUUAAUUUCUCAGAAUUUGGGGAUGGAAAGGCUGUGGAACCAGGUGCUUCUGUUCCUAUUUAUCUCAAUGAAAGUCCUGAGGAGCAAUUGUUCCGAUUCAGGCCUAUUAAGUCUUCUGAUAGGCUCAGUGAGAAGCAAUCAAAUGGAGUUGUUCAUCAUUUUAUGAGCAUUCAACUCGAUGGCAUGCAUAUGCCUUCUGCUCCUAUUUCAAUGGAUCUUGUAGGACUCACUUGUUUUGAGGUUGAUUUUUCUAAGGCUUCAAAUAAAAUUGAAAUUGAGAAAUUUGGGGAUGUUUCAAGAUACAAUAUAAACAUCGGGGAGAAUGUUAGAUCCAGUACCAACAAUGGUUUUCAUGUUCCUGUUGUGUUUGAUGUUUCAGUGCAGCGAUACAGCAAGUUAAUACGAUUGUACUCAACAGUAAUACUUUCAAAUGCAACAUCAAUGACACUAGAGUUAAGGUUUGAUAUUCCAUUUGGACUAUCUCCAAAGAUCCUGGAUCCUAUAUAUCCUGGACAAGAGGUUCCACUGCCUUUGCAUUUGGCUGAAGCGGGUCGUUUGAGGUGGCGUCCACUUGGAAAUUCUUACUUGUGGAGUGAAGUUCAUGACCUCUCAAAUAUUCUUUCUCAGGAAAUCAAGAUUGGAUUUCUUAGAUCUUUUGUUUGUUAUCCAUCUCAUCCAAGCAGUGAUCCAUUCCGGUGUUGCAUAUCUGUUCAAAAUUUUUGCAUGCCUUCAUCUAGCAAGCCAAAGAAAGGUUCAUCUUCCAAUGUUAAUAACACUACAAAUCAAUCAGUUCAAAGUUGCACUUAUGGUUGGAAGCAGUCAAAGAAACAAUGCAUUCAUCAGAUCACCUUAAGUACUCCGUUAAUAGUGAACAGCUACCUCCCAGAUGCAGUAUCACUGACCAUUGAGAGUGGUGGGGUUUCUCGUACCGCAUUGCUUUCAGAGGUAGAAACUUCCUUUCAUCAUGUUGAUCCUUCACAUGACCUGAGUCUGGAGUUCUAUGUGCAAGGUUACAGACCUUCACCUUUGAAGUUUCCACGGACAGAAACAUUCAGUGCGAUGGCUAAGUUUAGUGGAACCAAGUUCUCUUUAACAGAGACCAUGAUCUUCAAUCCUGAAUUAUCUAAUGGGCCACUAUAUAUUAAUGUGGAAUUGAUCAUGGAUGCAUUCUCUGGUGCACGAGAGAUCUUCAUUUUUGCUCCCUUCUUGUUAUAUAAUUGUACUGGUCUUCCAUUCCAUAUCACGGAAUCUGCCUCGGAAAUGAAAGGAAAUUUCUAUGCUAUCCCAUCCAGUUACUUAAUUGAACAAGAACUUCUUCAAGAGAAGAAAGAUGGUCUUAGCCUUCUAUCUUCUGACCAAGAUUCAUAUGCAACAGCUCCACUAAUUGAUGGCCUAGGAAAUUCUUUCAUGGAAAAUCACUUUAUCAUGGCUGGGAUGAAUGCUAAUCCACAUUUGAGGAAAUUUAUGUACAAGCCUGCAGUUUUACGUGGUUCCUCAUUCUUCAGGCAAUCAGACAAUCCUGAUUUAGUUGGUAAAAAAUCUUCCUCUAAUAUGUGCUCAACUAGUAAACCAACUCCAAAAGAUUCUGACCUUGUUGAUGCUGAGCGUGGAAAGGUUAAAGCAUGCAUGUAUUCUCCUUGUUUUAUUUCUUCUUUGGGUGAAGUUAUGGUCAGAAUAAGGAGAUGCCUUCCUGAACAUGUGGAAAAAGAGUCAAAUUCUUCAUGGUCAGAACCUUUUCUUCUUCUUUCACCUAGCAGAUCAAGGACUGUACUUGUUCCUCACUUAUCACCAAAUGCUGCAUUUAUCAUAUCUGUGACCUCAAGUGCUCUUGCUGAGCCAUUUACUGGGAGGACACAAGCCAUCACUUUCCAGCCCAGAUAUGUAAUUAGUAACGCAUGCAGAAGAGAUUUGUGUUAUAAGCAGAAAGGAACAGACCGUUUUGUUCAUUUGGGCAUUGGAAAGCAUUCUCAUCUUCACUGGACAGACACAAUGAGGGAUUUACUGGUAUCCAUUCGUUUUAAUGAACCUGGUUGGCAAUGGUCAGGCAGCUUCUUGCCAGAUCACCUAGGUGAUACACAAUUGAAAAUGAGGAAUUUUAUCUCUGGUUCAUUAAAUAUGAUAAGGGUGGAGGUACAGAAUGCUGAUGUUUCCAUUAGAGAUGAAAAGAUUGUUGGAAGCCUCCAUGGAAAUUCAGGGACGUAUUUGAUUCUCUUAUCAGAUGACGACACUGGGUUUAUGCCAUACAGAAUUGAUAAUUUCACAAAGGAGAGAUUACGGAUUUACCAGCAAAGGUGUGAAACUUUUGAUACUAUCGUUCACCCGUACACUUCUUGCCCUUAUGCAUGGGAUGAACCCUGUUAUCCACAUCGUCUGACUGUAGAGGUGCCUGGAGAGCGUGCCAUUGGGGUGUAUGCUCUUGAUGAGCUAAGAGAGUAUGUACCUGUACACUUGAAACCAACUUCUGAGAAACCUGAAAGAACAUUGCUUUUAUCUAUCCAUGCCGAGGGAGCAAUUAAGGUGUUCAGCAUUGUUGAUUCAGGUUACCAUGUUUUGAAAGACCCAUCUCCCUCUUCAUUUCAAGUAACAAGUAAAUAUAAGCAACAAGAGCAAAACUUCGGUGAUUAUCAGGAGAAAUUUUCUCUAGCUCUUUCAUGCAUUGGUAUCUCCUUGGUUAAUGGUCAUCCACAGGAAUUGCUUUUUGCAUGUGCAAAGGAUAUCACUCUUAAUCUGAUUCAGAGUGUGGACCAACAAAGGCUUUCCUUUCAAAUCUCUACACUACAAAUUGAUAACCAGUUGCGCACAACACCAUACCCUGUUAUCCUGUCCUUUAAUCAAGAAUAUAGAAGCAAUGCAGCCAGCCAGAGAGCCAAGGAUGACGUUGCAAAAUUAAAAAGCGAAAGAGUGUGGCAAAUUUCUACUGAAAGUUAUUGUGAACCUGUGGUCUACCUAGCCAUAGCAACAUGGAGAAAGAAAGACAUAUCAUUGGUUUCAUUUGAGUAUAUCAGCUUAAGAGUGGCAGAUUUUCGCCUUGAGCUUGACCAGGAACUCAUAUUAAACUUGCUAGCCUUCUUUAAAUCUCUCUCUUCAAGAUUCCUAGGCAAAGCAUUGCCAAUUUCAGAUGAUGUGUGCUAUUCUCCUAUGUAUGAUGUGGGUUUUGCACAUACCCAGACUUGCGAAUAUGUCAAAACAAGAGAAGAGCAACUGCAUGGAUUCAGUUUUCCUGAAUUCAGUAAGAGUAUAAUGAGCAGUUCAUCUCUACCUUCAAUGGUCCCAAUUGGAGCCCCUUGGCAACAAAUUUAUCUUUUGGCUAGAAGACAGAAAAAGAUCUAUGUAGAAUUGUUUGAUUUGGCACCCAUCAAAUUCACUUUGAGCUUUUCUAGUGCUCCAUGGAUACUUAGAAAUGGUGUUCUUACAUCGGGAGAAUCAAUUAUCCAUAGAGGUCUAAUGGCUCUUGCUGAUGUUGAGGGAGCUCGAAUUCAUCUCAAACAAUUGACAAUUGCACAUCAGAUGACUAGUUGGGAGUCCAUGCAGGAUAUCCUCCUUAGGCAUUACACUCGUCAGCUUCUUCAUGAGAUGUACAAGGUCUUUGGUUCUGCUGGUGUUAUAGGUAAUCCUAUGGGAUUUGCAAGGAGUUUGGGACUUGGCAUUAGAGAUUUUUUAUCUGUUCCUGCCAGAAGCGUUUUACAGAGCCCUACUGGACUUAUUACAGGCAUGGCACAAGGUACCACUAGUCUUCUGAGUAACACAGUUUAUGCUUUAAGUGAUGCUGCCACCCAGUUCAGUAAGGCUGCACACAAGGGUAUUGUUGCAUUUACAUUUGAUGACCUGUCUGUUGGAACGAUGGAAAAGCAACAAAAAGGUGUAGCUUCACACAGUAAAGGUGUAAUAAAUGAAGUCUUAGAGGGACUCACGGGUCUCCUUCAGUCACCAAUUAAAGAAGCUGAGAAACAUGGUCUUCCUGGUGUCCUCUCAGGAAUAGCUUUAGGAGUUACGGGACUUGUGGCAAGACCAGCAGCUAGUAUUCUUGAGGUUACAGGAAAAACUGCACAGAGUAUCAGAAGCAUAAGUAAACUACACCAAAGUGGAUCUCAACGCUAUAGAGCCCGGCUUCCAAGGCCUCUAAGUAGAGAACAUCCUCUAAGGCCUUACUCCUUGGAAGAGGCUGUCGGAACAUCAGUUCUUAUGGAGGCUGAUGAUGGCUUGAAGUUAAAAGAUGAAGUAUUUGUGAUGUGCAAAUCACUUAAACAAGCUGGUAAGUUUAUUGUGGUCACAGAGAGGCUCAUGUUGAUAGUAUGCUCUCCCAGUUUGGUAGACUUGGAGAAGCCCGAGUUUCGAGGUGUUCCAAUUGACCCAGAGUGGUUAGUAGAGUCAGAAAUUGGUUUGGACAGUGUAAUCCAUGCAGAUACUGAGGAGGGGGUGGUGCAUAUUGUUGGAAGCAGUUCAGAUGCAAGGCUGAGGCAGAACCAGCACCAGUCCAAAAAAGGUGGUGGAACAAGGACAAAGCACUGGAGUAUUCCUUCAACUCGUCUCCCACUGUUCCAGACAAAUUUGGAACUGGCAUCCAAGAAAGAUGCAGAAGAGUUGUUGCUGAUGUUGCUGUCUGUAAUUGAACAGGGAAGGGUUCGCGGAUGGGGCUGUGGACAUCUUCUACAUAAGAGCAAUAUCAUAUGGAAAGAGGAGCAUUCUUAUGAAUUGCUUGGGGGGAAUCAACUUUAGACUAGCUUUUAGACUAAUUCAAGCUGCCCUCUUUGUUAAAAUCCCAUCUAUUUAUCGGCAUUCUUUUAUCUCCACCAUCCUCAAGCUGUCACCCUCCUUUCCCAAGAGAACCAGCAAGAAUUGCCCUUUUUGCUUUCUUCUUGUUGUAAAUAUUCAUUUAUACUCUACACUGUACUUGCACAUUUUGUAAAUUGUGUACAUUAUAAUGCAAUUGCUUAUAUUUUUGCUAUAA